UGAAUUUCGUAUAUAAAGACAGCAACAGAUUUGUGAUUUUUUUGCUUAGAUUUCAUAUAAAGCUGAAAGCAGACGGGUGUGUUAUUGCCAGAGCUGCAGCUGAAUGUGAGUGGUUGCAGACGAGUCUUUGAGGGAACCAUUUCCAAGGCAACGAGAUCCCAAGUUCCCUGCACACAGUCGCAAUAAUAAUCUUUACUUACAGCACGGUCGUCAGCCACCGCGGGCUGUUUGAAUCACAUCCAUAAUUUUAGCUCCUCCCCUUUUAGGUCAAGAUUUGAACACCAGUUUGGUGACGCUGCUGAGUACCUGAAAGGACCAGGCUCUUUAUGACAUCAUACAGAUCCAAAAGUAGAGAAAAACUGUGAGAAAGUGAGGGUCUGCAGCUUUGGUCCUCACUUUGAUUACUUGCGUCUCUGGGACAGCGACACAAGGAGGCUGAAGGAAGAAAGACUGUCGGGGUCGGCUGGAGACGAUAUUUGUGUUUCCUCGUGAACAGCUGUGGCAGCAGAGCGUCGCUUUAAGCACGUCUCUCAGUUUUCAUGUCUGUGAUGGCGCUGCAGUCAGACGUGUGAAUGGACUCUGCAGGUGACCUCAGGCUGUCAGACCCCGAGAGUUGGUUUCAGUGAGGUGUGAAAGCUGAGCGAUGAAGAGUCCAGAUCACGGCUGGGAGGUGUUGCUGCACUGUUCAGCCACAACACUGAAUGUUAUUUAUUAUGUGCUGAUUUGAGGAGAACGACUCGGAGGUAGCCAUCGUCACUCAUUGUUCCAUCACUGAGUGUAAUGUCCACUCCCUGACAGCAAACAGAGCAUGACAGUUGGUGUUUUUGGGUUUGAAAGCUUUACCUUUAUUCCUCCAAACAUGCAUCUUGUCUCUGGUGUUCCUGCAGUUUCCUGUUCAUGGCGAGCUUGAUCCUGGUUGGUUCCUGAACAUCAUAACUACUUUCCUCUCAUUUCACAGUGACAGGGCUGGACUUCUUCCAGACCUUGGCAAAGGGACGUGACAUCAGAAUAACCUGUACUUGUGUAAAUCUGCACUUCUCCUUCACUGAGUUGGUUGGACUUUGUUCUGAGUGCCGGUCAGUCCAACGAGUGCUGUCACACAAAUUAAUCGUUAUUAAAAGAUUUGAGUGAGUGUAGAUGAAGCCGUGUGAUGCUUUUGUGUGGAUUAGCAAAAGUCCAAACACACAUCAGAACUGGUUUUGGUGUGGACGACGCAGCUUCAGAAUGUCUUUGAAUGUGGUCCAUCCCAGGAAACCAAGCAAUUCACAUGAAGUCCACCACUUUUGCCAAGAGGAGCAGUCAGAUAUCAGCCUGAGUUCAUGUUCAUAGCUGCCAACAACACUGUGCUCGAGGUGCAGCCUGCUCAGAGACAUUUCUACAAAUGUGAACGAUUUAUCUGAGCCUGCAUCCACCCUGGGAAAACAACAGUGCAAAGACAUGAUUAAAAGCCCAACAUUACCCCAGCCUGAGAUGACGGGAUGGAAACUUCUGGCCACAACUGUAUCUCCAAUUGAUGACAUCAUACAGAUCCCAGAUAACAAAAAGAAAAAAAACACUAACAACUUCUCGGAUGAGAGGUGAAACGUCUUCAAGCAACUUAAAGAAGUCCAGACGCUUUUCUUUGCAAACUCCUUUGACUACGAUGACCUGGAUGACUGAGAACCUUCACAGACACUAACAACUCUUAAACAUCCAGCAGUGGAUGAAGGAGGAACCCCGCUCAGCUUCUCUGAGACUCGCUGUUGAUGAUGGACGCUCACAUCUUCACCCCGCUCAUCCUGACGCUGUGCAGCCUCAUCCACGGCUCUCUGCAGGGCGUGUACCAGCGGCGUCUCUACAAGGAGCUGAUGAAGAACUACAACCCGUUAGAGCGGCCGGUCAGCAAUGACUCCCACAGCCUGACCGUCCACUUCAGCUUCAGCCUGCUGCAGAUUAUGGACGUGGACGAGAAGAACCAGGUGCUGACCACCAACAUCUGGCUACAGCUGUACUGGACAGAUUUCUACCUGCAGUGGAACACGUCCGACUAUCCAGGCGUGACCAACGUCAGGUUCCCCGACAGCCAGAUCUGGAGGCCCGACAUCCUGCUGUACAACAGCGCCGAUGAAAGGUUCGAUGCUUCAUUCCACACCAACAUCCUGGUCAACUCCACAGGCUACUGCCAGUACCUGCCGCCAGGAAUAUUUAAGAGCACCUGUUACAUCGACGUCCGCUGGUUUCCCUUCGACGUGCAGCGCUGUGACCUCAAGUUUGGCUCGUGGACGUACGGCGGCUGGUCUCUGGACCUGCAGAUGAUUGAGGCUGACAUCACCGGAUACAUCGCCAACGGAGAGUGGGACCUCGUGGAGGUUCCUGGGCGGAGGAACGAACGUUUCUACGACUGCUGUAAGGAGCCGUACCCUGACGUGACCUUCACCGUGGUGAUGAGGAGGAGGACGCUCUACUACGGGCUCAACCUCCUCAUCCCCUGUGUCCUCAUCUCCACCCUCGCCCUCCUCGUCUUCCUGCUGCCCGCCGACUCCGGAGAGAAGAUCUCCCUGGGUAUCACCGUGCUGCUCUCUCUGACCGUCUUCAUGCUGCUCGUGGCCGAGAUCAUGCCGGCAACCUCAGACUCCGUUCCGCUCAUAGCGCAGUACUUUGCCACUACCAUGGUGAUUGUGGGUCUGUCGGUCAUCGCUACGGUCCUGGUUCUGCAGUAUCACCACCACGACCCCGAUGGAGGACACAUGCCACAGUGGACUCGUGUGAUUUUGUUGAACUGGUGUGCCUGGUUCCUGAGGAUGCGGCGCCCCGGCGAAGCAAAGGUCCGUCCAGCGUGUCACAACGCCGCCAAGCGUCGGCGCGGCAGCCUGUCCAGCCUGGAGCUCAGCGUCAGUCAGGGCUCGCUGCGGCACAAUCCUCAGGUAAAUAAUGGCAACCUCCUCUACGUCGGCUUCAGGGGUGUUGAAGGACUCCACUACGGAUCCCCCGCUGACCCUGAGCUCCUGUGCUCGCGGCUCGUUGGAGGUGGCGUCGGUGCUGAGGAAGACGCGCUGAGAGCGGGAGGAGGGGCUGGAGCUGGAGGAAGAGCAGGGGGAGCGGCUGGGAGUUCGGCCUUGGAGACGGAGCUGAACCAGAUCCUGGAGGAGGUGAGAUACAUCGCCGGGCGUUUCCGCGGCCAAGACGAGGAGGAGACGGUCUGCAGCGAGUGGAAGUUCGCCGCGGCGGUGAUCGACCGGCUCUGCCUGGUGGCGUUCUCGCUCUUCACCAUCCUCUGCACCAUCGGGAUCCUCAUGUCCGCCCCCAACUUUGUGGAAGCCAUUUCCAAAGACUUCUUCAGCUAAGAGGGAAGACAGGACGAAUGAGUGUCUCUAUUUUUAUAUUUAUGGAGAAAUCUCACGUGCAAACCGAAACCAACAUCUUGGUCUCAGCGCUUUGACUUCCCUCACCGUGUCCUUGUAGAGACAAUUAUCCUUCAAAUACCUUCAGAAAUAUGUCAUUGCUGUAUUUUUCUUUUUUCAGGUCUCAACCUCUGUAGAUUCCCACUAUGACCUUUGGACAUUUUCAUCAAACACUUGUUCAGCCGCUCCAGACCUCAUUGCUGUUUCAGACUCUUCAGUUUAGUUCUCUCCCAGUGCUGGAGAGGCAGAAAAUCUAGGCUUAAAGAAACAGUUGAAAAAUAAUUAACCACACUCACAAAUCUGGACGUCUCUUUUGCUCAAAACUGAAACAGAAAUCUGGAUUUUUCUAGAACCAACUGAGGAUCCCGAAUGAAGAACUGAGUUAAGACUUUUUGAAAAGAUGUUCCUGAUUUGGUUUCAAGCAGCCUGUGCUUUGAAGCAAACGGACAGCAGAUCUUACCUGAGUGAAUACAAUAAUGAUUUUUUUUAAUGAUAACUUUAUUUAAAAAGAAAAAGGCUAUCCCGACCUACCUGCCCUGUGUGAAAAAAGCUACUGCCCUCCUCUUGUUACAUCAUAAAUUAACUUUGAUUAACCACAUUUCUGUAAAGCUGAGUCCAGUUUCACUGCCAUACCCAGACCUGCUGAAUCAGAAAUCACUUACAAAGAAGCUCAGUGAACCAAAGUGAGAGCCGUUAACCACACAUGGAGAAAACCUGGAACAGAGCUGAACCUUGCCAGGAGGGACCAACCUUCCAAAAUCACUCCAAAAGUAUCCGAGUCAAAGUCUGGACUGAGGUGCAUCAGCGUGACCUUCAGCAGGCGUUCAUGCUGGAAAACCUCCAGUGUGUCUGAAUUCAAAUAAUCCUCCACAGUGAUGUGAAAGACUCGCUGAAGGGAUCACAAACACGAGACUGCAGGUCUUGCUGCUGAUGGUUGAACAACCAGUUAUCAGAUUUAGGGGCCAGCUACUUUCGCACACAGGCCAGGUGGGCUUGAUAACUCUUGUCUUGGUUUAUUUUUGUUCAAUAUUAAAAAUGGUUUGUUGAUUGGAAACAUGUAAGUACAACAAAUAUGCAGACCUCCAACGAAGUCUCAGAGAUUUCUUUAUCUGAGUGUGACAUUAAACACAAACCAACCCUGGACGGUUGACCAGUGACCUGGUGGAUGCUGUGAGAUGUGCAGUCUGUUGUGCUUGUGUCAUCUGUGCUCUUUCAGUCCA